AUGCUCACCGCUGCAAGGCCCUUCCGAAAUAUCUGUUCCCUUCCAAGGUUUAAUAAGCUGUUUUUCUCUGGGGUGAAUCCCAAUAAUUUUAAUUUCUUGAUAAUAGGAGGGCCUGGCAGCGGAAAGGGGACCCAAUGCGAGAAGAUAGUGGAGAAGUAUAAAUUCAACCACCUCUCCAGUGGUGAUCUCCUGCGAGCUGAGGUCCAAUCUGGUUCCCCUCGAGGUAAAGAUCUUCAGGCCACUAUGGCGAAGGGAGAACUCGUUUCACUGCUUUUGGAGCAAUCUUGCACUGGGAAAUCACUUUCCUACCGAGCUUGUUUGUCGUAUUCAGUUUCAUAA